GCACUCCACUCGCCUCCGCCAUCCCGCGAUAUGCACUACUACGCGGUUACAUCUCGUACUCAAAACCGACACGCACGAUAUCACGUUAUUGCGCGCGACGUGCUUACCAUGUAGAAACUAUACAACCUCACGUAAACUUAAGACAUAUUAAUAAAAAGUGAUAAUUAUGACAAGCAAUAUAUUUUUUAAUUAUAAUGGGUUCGAAAAGGCUCUCUUAUAAAAGAAAUCGAUUGAGCCCCCUACCAAUAUGGACAUUCAGAAGCAACACUUGUGUCCGCGACUGGUGGAUUAUUUGACUAUCGUCGGAGCAAAACCGUACACUUCGGGAAAAGGCCUCGCUCCCGUACAGGCUCCUGAGCUGCUCCGACGCUAUCCGUUGACCAAUCACGAUGAUUUUCCCCUGCCGUUGGACAUGGUGUAUUUCUGCCAGCCGGAGGGGUGCGUGUCCGUGGGGCCUCGCCGGGCCCCUGGGCACCUCGCCUCCAGAGAUACCACCUCUUUUGUCUUUCAACUCACCGAUAAAGACUCAGGCAAGACUCGUUUCGGCAUCUGCGUCAACUUCUACAGAGCGGUGGAGCGUGCUCAAGUGCCGGGCCCUCGGGAACGAAGCAUGCUGCGCCGCGAGUCAUGGCGCAAGUCCAUGGAGAAAAGUUCCGACUCCGCAUUUUCCAGUGACUAUAGGAGCAGUAACGUGGCGCCGAGUGACUCGGAGCGCGACUGCAGCGCGACGCUGGCGCCGCGACUUGCGCCCGCGCCGGACUCCGAGAGCGGCGGCUCGCAUUCCCAUUCACCUAGCCCUAGGGCUACGAGGAAGCGGCAGAGAGUUCGGAACCAUUCCCUAACCUCCCUCUGCCUGCUUUCACAUCACCCAUUCUUCUCCACAUUCCGAGAGUGCCUAUUUAUCCUAAAGAAAUUGAUAGAUGCAUGCAACGAGUCUUCCAGUCCACGGCGCGUAGGCGCUUCAAGACAAAUCCUUAGAGAUACAGUAUGGUCAGUGUUAACCGGGCAAGCUUACGACAACACCCCUACGAUCGUAUUGCACGACGUCAAAGAGAUCGAGACGUGGAUACUGCGACUUCUGUCCGCGCCUGUACCCGUGCCCGGCAAGACGAGGCUCGAGUUAGAAGUACUGUCGCCGACAGCGCACUCACCGCUGCUCUUCGCGUUGCCCGAUCAUACGAGAUUCACACUCGUUGAUUUUCCUCUGCAUCUGCCUUUGGAACUUUUAGGUGUGGACACCUGCCUCAAAGUCCUGACGCUGAUCCUACUGGAGAACAAAGUAGUGGUGCAGUCACGUGACUACAACGCGCUGUCCAUGUCCGUAAUGGCGCUGGUCGCCAUGUUGUACCCUCUCGAGUACAUGUUCCCCGCGAUACCUCUGCUGCCCAGUUGUAUGAGCUGUGCCGAACAACUGCUCCUAGCUCCGACGCCUUUCCUUAUUGGAAUACCAGCCACUUUCCUCACUUAUAAGAAGAAUUUUAGAAUGCCCGACGACAUAUGGCUUGUGGAUCUCGAUGCCACUAAAUUGAUCUGCCCAUCGGGGACUGACCAAGAUUUACCGCCGCUACCCGAGCCAGAAGGAUCUGUCCUUAAGAACCAUCUAAAACAGGCCGUGCAACUCAUGUCCAGUGCCGGGAGUGGUGCCCUCAACAGCUUGACUAGUAGUACGGCUGAACAGGCAGCCGCCCCCCUCCUACCUUCAAGACGAGACAGCGUGGGCGGGGCCACACUCAAGGUCCAACCCGCCUCGUACCGUUACGGCGACGGUGCUCAGUCAGCGCCGCACAGCACGCCGGAGUCGCGGCGCGUGUCGGUGUCAGGCGCGGCGAGCGCGGGACACACGCCGCAGCGACACUCCCUCGCCUCGCCGCACACGCAGCAGCCCUUCAACCCGCUCAUAUACGGACAUGAUGUCGACUCUGUUGAUGUCGCUACUAGAGUCGCUAUGGUUCGAUUUUUCAAUUCGCAAAACAUCCUGGCGAACUUUAUGGAGCAUACACGAACGUUACGUCUAUACCCGAGGCCAGUCGUGGCCUUCCAGAUCAACAGCUUUCUUCGUUCGCGACCUAGAACCACAUCCUUCUUGAACAAAUUUGCCAGAACACAGGCAGUAGAAUUCCUAGCAGAGUGGUCGCUAACUCCAGGCAACGUGGCAUUCCUUCGGGUACAGACAGGGUUGUUCGAUCCGAGGCAAGUCGGCGACAAACCCAAGUGGUUCGCAGAACAACUGCAGCCCAUCCGCUUUCCAGUGUGGGAUGACGGUAGCUCCCUCAACGGUGCACUCCGACAGUUACAGCGACAGGAAAAUCAACCCACAGAUGAGAGUGGAUCCGAUUCUGAGGCUGCGGAAAGUACGAGUUCGUCAUACUCAUCAUUGAGUGACUUUGUGUCAGAAAUGGCUUCAUCUGACUUGUCUCCAGGUGGAAACCCGCAUCAACAGCACGUCAUUGGAGAGACUUACAGCGCCGUAGUGCAAGUUCCGAUGACUCUUUCGUCGUCUUUAGAUCCUAAAACGGUAUACAGCCCCCCAUCAUCACUAAUGUUCGGUAACGUGGACGAAGCCCCAGAUCGGGAGCCGGGACGUGCUUCCACGUCACCCUCAGCGUCCAGCUCCGACCACUCCGACUUGUCGGACGACGAGCCCGCCGGUGACGUCAUCGCGGAGCCUGAUGCAGCUCAUGCACCGCCUGUUAAGAAGAGCGACACGGAUAGCGGCAGUUUCGGCCGCGAGUCGGACUCGAACUCGACGACGACGAAGACGGUGGUGAGCCGGCAGCGCGCGGCCGACAGCGCGUCCACCAGCGACUCCGAGCGGGCCCUCACGCCCUCGCACCACUCGCACCGCGACCUGCCGCCUCCGCACGCUAAAAGCGUAAGUAGCGGUGUAUCGCGACAAGCGUCACAAUCAUCCCUCUUGGAGCAAUUUGCCGCACAAGCGAAAGAGUUGGUGAGGGAGACCACACGGCAAAGCAGUCAGGAAGGACUUCUCGCACACAUGGAUAAGAAGAAAGGAAAAGUAGCAGAUGGAGAGGAUAAGAAAAUAUUUGCGCCAUUCGGUCAGCUAACAUUGCACGCGAAAAAGGCGGCAGAGGAAGCUUCGAAGAGUAUGCAUGAGGCAUCUAAAUCUGCGUUAGAAGCCAGUAAAACGGCCACUGCUGUGAGCAAGAACACUUUCGAAGACCUCACCUAUGUCGGCAAGUCGACGUUGGGAGAUCUUACUAAGAGUGCGAAGGAAGCUGCCGCUAAAAAAGGAUUGUUGAUGAAGGGUGAAAGCCAAGACUCGAACGGUAGCUCGAGUGCUCGCCGUGACUCCACAGCACUACAGACCACCAACUUGCUGACCGCUACGCAUCGAGACUUCUUCUCUAACAUUAGUUCUGAUCUCAAUGGGUUGGCUGCUUCCACUUCUAGCAUGUUUAGCGACUUCUUUGGGAAUAAAGGCACCAAGCAACCUAAACCAGGCGAACAGGGUCGUGGUCCCGUCGGGUCAGGUGGGGCGGGUGGGGCGAGCGGGGCGACUGGGGGCGCGGCACUGGGGGCGUCGUUCGGUCCGUUCUCGCAGGGGGCGCGGGGGCUGGUGGCGCGGUCGCCGCUCAUCCGCCACGCGCCGCCUGCGCCGCCGCCCGCGCCUCCGCAUUCUCGGCCCUCUGCCAACACUGAGAACCAGGCCUUCCUUAAUGAUUUGGUUCAACACGUCCUGGAAGGCGAGGGCGUAGGGUGGCUGAAGUUAAACCGCCUCAAGAAGUUGAUGGAAGACGAGUCCUACAGGAACAUGGUGCUCAGCAAACUGAACAGGAACUUUAAUAGGAAGGCCACUCCCAACGACAAAGUCGAUGAUGUGUUCGUGAGCAAGCCAGUGUGGAAAGGCAUGCUGAAAGUGCUACAGGCAGUCGUCCACGGUCUCGAGCACACAUACUCGAACUUCGGCCUCGGCGGUAUGGCUUCAGUGUUCCAACUAGCUGAGAUGGCACACACACACUACUGGAGCAAGGAGAUCGCGGGCCUAGAACAUGGGGGCAUGGCUGGCUCCGCACUUAUGGACCACUAUGGACGACAAGACCUGGAAACCCCAUCUUCCUCACCAUCAUCAAGGAAAAGCUCACAAUCGGAUGUCCCGGUGGUAAACUAUCCUGAAAUGGAUUCUUCUGAAGCGCAGAGUACUACAGAAAUGUUUAAAGAUAUGCUGAACCAAAAGAGGAAUUUACUUUUCAGUAAAUUAACGUCGUUUGACUCAGAUGCCCCUCCCUCGUCGGACUGCUCGGCCGACGAGAGCGGCUCGAUCACCACCAACCGAGCCAAUAUCUACGACCAUCGCGCCUCCUUUAAGUCCAACCUCUCUGACACUGACGUCAUGUUCCUCAAUGUGAACCGUGGUACGAGUGGGCAGGCGUCGGGCAAGCCCCGCGCGGCUAGCGUGUUCUCGUCCAAGUCGUCCGUGAGCGGCUACCGGCCGCCCGUCGGUGUGCCCGUCACCUCGCCCAUCACGUCGCCCGAUACCACCCGCACGUACCUCUACCAGGGACUUAUUGGCAAAGAAAGAUCAAAUCUCUGGGACCAAAUGCAAUUCUGGGAGGACGCGUUCUUAGACGCGGUCAGCCAGGAACGCGACAUGAUCGGCAUGGACCAAGGUGCUAACGAGAUGAUGGAACGCUACAAAUGCUUGAGUGAAACGGAACGCAAGAGACUCGAACAUGAGGAAGAUCGACUUCUGUCAACAGCACUUUAUAAUCUUACGGCAGCAAUGGUAUUGUUAGGCGUGGUGCCUGAUACCGUGCGCGGGAAAGUGCGCCGUCUACUCGCAAAGAGUCACAUUGGACUCGUGUACAGCCAGGAGGUUAAUCAUCUACUCGACGUCGUACAUACACUGCACGGCAACGACAUCGAACUGAAGCCGCUGGGGUCGCGGCUGCUGCGGCGCGCGUCGUUCACCGUGCACGAGGCCGACGCCGCCGGCGAGCUGCGCUUCAUGGAGGUGCGGGACGACGGGCUCGUACUGCGCUCCACGCAAGGUACCAUCGUGGAGAGAUGGUGGUAUGAGAGGCUGGUCAACAUGACCUACAGUCCGAAGAUACGAGUCUUGUGCCUUUGGAGGAAGAACGGCGGUCAGACGCAGCUACAUAAGUACUACACCAAGAAGUGCAAAGCGCUGUACUACUGCAUCAAAGAAGCGAUGGAGAAGAGCGGUCGGCGACAGGACGCAGCCGAGUUAGGUGGCGAAUUCCCCAUACAGGACUGCGCCACCGGGGAGGGCGGCCUUAUACAGGUGUGCAUGGAAGGCGUCGGGCUUCUGUUCCACCACAGCAAGGAUUUCGAGUUUUUCGUGCGGCUGGAUCACAUUCGCAAGUGCUUCACUCAGAAUGGCGGUAUCUUCGUUUUAGAAGAAUUUAAUCCCAAAACAAGGCAAAUUAUACAAAGGAAAUAUAAAUCAGUAAUGGCGGAUCAAAUAUGUUACGCGGUGCUUUGUGUAUUCUCGUACUUCGCGGCGGGUCAGGAACAAAAGAAAGCGAUAUUAGAGCAAGCGGCCCGCGUGCCGCCCGCCGCGCACGAGUGCCUCGCGCCCGCCGCCGCCACUAAGCAUGACGCCGACGCGCGGAGGAAAACCAGCCCACAGGCGGAGAAACGUUCUCCAGUGAGACGAGCUGGUGAGGCCAGGUCUCCGGGUAAGGCCGAGCCUACCGAUUUUAGAGAAAUGGCAGAGCGGCAGCAGAUUCGAAGUGGAGGUGCUGUUCCUCAUUCCACUGAUCGCGUGGGAACGGAGAAGGGUCCAGGAGAGCGUGCCGGUGGCGAGCGCGGGGCUGACGCGCGGCCCACCCGCGCCGACACGUCGCCCGCGCCGCGCCGGCCGCCGCCGCCCGCGCUGCCCGCGCCGGCCGCGCCGCCGCCGCGCCUCGCCCGCGCGCACUCGCACGCGGCGCCGGCGCGACCGCCCGACCCGCCACUCAUUCCACCUCGUGUUGGAACAACGGGUACGCGGCCUGUGGGCCCGCCGCCGGCUCUGCCGCCGCGCCAGCUGUCUGCAGCAGCAGACGUUGGUUCUGCGCCAAGAGGCGCAGCGCGUGGGAGCGAGCCGGCGGGAAUGAGCAGCGGGGCGGGCGGCGGGGCUGGUGGCGCGGGCGGCGGCAGCGGGGCUGGUGGCGCGGGCGGCGGCGGCGGGACGCGGCGAGCCCCGCCUCAGAGACAGGGCUCAGUGACGGCACCUUUCGCGUCGACGAAUCCUUUCACUUCCCCGCGCCACGCCGAGUUCGUGAUACCGCAGCGGAACAACGUGCGACGCUCCUCUACUACUGAUAAAAGUUAACUACAUCAGAGGAUCCGUUGUUUUGUCCUUAGAAGUGUGUCCGUACUAAAAACCCAUCCUUCCCUGUUUCAAACUAGCCAGUAGCAUUUCGUGUAUAGCCCGCUGUUGUACUACGUCAGUGACUUUAUGUAAACUGGUAGAGCUUGAAAAAUAUAUGUAUUAAAAACCGACACGAAGCAAUAAUUUGUAUUUCUCAGGAUUUGUAAAUAUUAACCGUUUUUUGGUACCCGCAAAAUCAAAAGUCCUAAUAAAGAAAAGAGUAAUUGGCGGGAAAGUGCUGUGAGAUGUACAAAGUUAUUAUUAUAUUGCGUUGUAAUGCCGCUUAUUAAAGCUGUCCUGAUAUGAAUGAUAACCAUAUCUAUAUAUUGUUACUAAAAUAUUGAGUCAUUGUUACUCGAUACAGAUAUAUAAAAUUAAAAUAAAUUUAAUUAUGCACGGCAAA